AUGGUAGUCGCAAGCCCUUUGUUGACUGCCUUUCUCAUUUGCGCUGCUUCAUGGGGUCUUUUACGCCUGCUACGACGGCGCUUCCUGAAAUCUCCACUAGACAAUAUCCCGGGACCCGCGCCCACUUCGUUAUGGCAAGGAAACGUGAGCCAAUACUUCCACAGGCACGGCUCCGAUUUCCAUAGGCACUUGGCCCAAGACUAUGGCUCCGUAGUCAAACUUUAUGGGCUAUAUUGUAUACCCAUGUUAAUUGUUCAAGAUCCUAAAGCCCUCCACAAUAUUCUCAUCAAAGAAGAGGGUGUUUUCGAGGAAUCGAAGCUGUUUAUCAAGACAAACCAUUAUCUUUUCGGCCCAGGCCUUAUAUCAACCCUAGGCGAGCAUCAUCACAAGCAGAGGAAGAUGCUUAACUCCGUGUUCGCUAUCAAUCACAUGCGAAGCUUAGUGCCUACAUUUUACGGAAUUGUUCAUAAGCUCCAGGAAGCCCUCACAACAGAGGUACAAUCCGGGCCUCGCGAGCUGAACAUCCUGUUCUGGAUGGGUCGCGCCGCUCUUGAGCUCGUCGGGCAAGGUGGCCUAGGCUAUUCUUUCGAUCCUCUUGUGAGAGAUGCAGAGGAUGACUACGGAGAAGCAUUGAAGACAUUAUUCCCGACGCUGCAAGGCCUGAUCGUCUUUCGGCAGCUACUGCCAUACGUAGAUUGGAUCGGUCCCCGCUGGUUCAGAGCAUUUGUGAUGGACCACUUUCCGCACGCAGGAGUCCGCAAACUGAAGUAUAACGUCGACAAAAUGUCAGAGACGGCGACCGCGAUAUUCAGGGCCAAGAAGGAAGCUUUGGGUGUGGGAUUAGAGUCAGAUCCAGAGCAGAUUGGCGGCGGAAAGGACAUAAUGACCACUCUGGUGAAGGCGAAUAUGGCAGCUUCAGACAGCGAUCGACUUCCGGACGAUGAGCUUGUUGCUCAGAUGUCCACUAUUAUACUGGGUGCCAUGGACACGACGUCAAAUAUACUAUCUCGCACCCUGCAAAAUCUCGCUGCGCGCCCUGAGAUGCAGGACAGAUUGAGGAACGAGGUCAUGGCCGCGUAUAGUGGCGAAGACUUGACGUACGAUGAGGUGAUGCAGCUGCCGUAUCUGGACGCCGUUUGUCGAGAGACCCUUCGCCUAUAUCCACCGGUUACAUUUCUUACUCGAGUAGCAAAGCGAGACGCCGUACUGCCACUGCAUUUUCCAGUAGUCGGCCGGAAUGGUCAAACCAUGUCCGAGAUACACGUGCCAAAGGGAACGAAGAUUAUUCUGGGUACCCUGGGUUCCAAUACGAGCAAGGCGAAGUGGGGCGAGGAUGCGCUUGAGUGGAAGCCUGAACGUUGGCUGGCUCCGCUACCUAGGACUGUGACAGAUGUAGCUGCGCCGGGCGUAUUCUCACACUUCGGAUUUAAAUUCUCGGAAUUGGAGAUGAAGAUUUUACUCAUGAUGCUCCUGUCGAACUUCACCUUCGCGCUGUCGGAUAAGCCAAUCGUGUGGAAUCUUGCCCCGAUUUCCUUUCCUUCGGUUGGAAUGGAGUCUAGCCAACCUAGUAUGCCGCUGAUAGUCACGCCGCUACGCAAGAACGAGAAGCCAUGA